AUGUCAAAAUCCUUAAACCAAGAAUUUAAUCAAUUUUCACAACCUUUUUCUACAUUUAUAUCACCCAUACCAAAUAAUCCUUAUUUUUUAUGUAACAUCCUUGCAGAUAAUGCGAGAGAAUAUAUUAUGUUAUCAGAUCAAUCAUUUUUCGGUUUAUUUGAUGUUAUCUAUGCAUUCAUUUUGGCUGUAGUAUUAGGAUUGAUGAAUCAAACAACCAUAACUUAUUCAAUAUCCCUGGCAAUGAUAAUUAUAUGGAUUUGGAUAAAACUUAGCAUAGUAAAGGAAGAAAGUAUUUUAUCAAUUAGAGAUGUUGGUAUACAAGUAAAGACUAUUUAUGUGAAUGGUAGAAGUGUAUCUAGAUUUAUUGAUAAAUCUAAAAUUUCUGAUGUCAUAAUUAAUGAAGGUAUAAAUAUGUUGCAAGUAAAAUUUUAUAUGGCCAUAAUCGUUGAAGGUCAAGAUAGGAUGGUGGUUGUUUUUGAGCAUCUAUUACCAAAGUUAAAUAUUUUAUUAAAAGUAUAUAGAGGAACUAGAUCCGUAAUAUUUAAUGAAAUGGAAGAAAAUAUUGAUAACGCUGACCAACUUUCCUUCUAA